AAAAAUAAUUCUUGUCCCUUUAAUGUCGGUGAUAUGAGAUGUCAUUUUGUGUUAUUUUUUUUUUUUUUUUUGGGUUAAACAUUUUGUGUAGCUUUCAAGAUUCUCUUCUCUUUGUCUAUUUAUUAAAGUGUACCGUUCCUCAAUUUCCCAUUAAAUUAUUAAUAAAGUUGAUGUUACUCUCUCUAUGAAUAGCGCUCUCCUCGUAUCAUUCGUCAUCACCAAUCUCACAACCAAAGCACUUGUAAUUUCAAUAAAUAUUUCCCCUGUAAUUCCCAUUUUCUUCUUAUAAAGUUUAAUUUAUUCCUCCUCCUCCAAUGGCAAGUGUUGAUAAGGCGGCGGCGGCAGCAGCAGCAGUAGAGCCAACUCCUGCAGCAGAGGCACCAAAAGAAGAGCCAACAGUAGUAACUGAAGCCCCACCAGCACCACAAGAAGUUGCUGCUACUGAAGAAGUUAAGCCACAAGAACCUGUUGUUGAAGAGAAACCAACUGAAGCUGUGGAGGGGAAACAAGCUACCACUGAAGUUCCAGUUGAAAAGACUUCAGAAUAGACAGAGUUUACUAUUAUUGAAUCAUUAUUGUAUUAUUAUGCUUUGACCAACAUGUUUGUUUCUAAGCAUAAUAGGGUUUGGUUAUGAGUGUUGUUAUCUUUUUUUCUUGGCUGAAUACAUGUAUCCUCCUAAACAUGUCUCUUUUUUCCGUUUAUCUUUUUUUCAU